GUAGAAAAAAACCCGCGGGCACCGCCGUUGACUGGUCCUCCCCGCGAGCAAACGGCAGCAACAGAGAUCGAGACUUGCCACCCAAGUCGAUCGAUCCAGUCGAGGGGCACGCCCCUGCCCCCUUCCAGCUUCCUUCUCCUCUGCUUCAUCCACGUCGGCGUCACUACCCUCAUUCCAGCUCCACCACUCCUUCCCGACGCAGGGCAGAUAUAAAUACGAGCUAGCUCUAGAGCGCAGCCUACACAACUUCCAUCUUAUACCAAGUACUCCACGGCGUACCCCACGGAGUUCACGGCCGCGAGUCGUCCGCUCAACCUCAUGGCGAUGCAAGGCGCCGCCGCUGACUCGUUAUCGAGCUGGGCGGUCGCGCCGGCAGCGGCGGCGGCGGCCGCGCCGAGCAUGUCGCUCAACGACGUGCUCAUCAUGGCGCGCAUCUUCCUGGUGUUCGCGGUGUUCGCUCUGGCGCUCGUCUUCCUCCUGUACCGCUUCUACAACUGCUUCCCGACGGCGCUGGGCUGGCCGCCGCGCAUCGGCGGCGCCGGGGCCGUGGCGGCGGUCGGGAACAAGAACAAGGGCGUCGACCUGGAGCUGCUGCGGUCGCUGCCGGUCACGGUGUACCGCGCGCGCGGGGCCCCGGCGAAGGGCUUCGCGGAGGACGUCGUCGGGGCAGAGGAGUGCGCAGUGUGCCUGGCGGAGCUGGAGGACGGGGAUGAGGCGAGGUUCCUGCCCCGGUGCGGCCACGGCUUCCACGCCGCGUGCGUCGACACGUGGCUCGCCUCCCACUCCACCUGCCCGCUCUGCCGCGUCGCCGUGGCCGCCAAAGCCGAGCCCGACGUGUCGCUGCAGGCCGCGCUUGCGUCCACGAGUCCUCGUCUCCCUCCCGUGGCGCCGGAGCCGGCCAACUACAGGAAUGUAGUCCUACCGCUGCCGGCGAGUGCGCUUCUUCUCGGGGCUUAUGACCAUGCCACGCGUGGCGCCGUGCCUUCCGAUGGAGGCGCGAGCUCCUCUACCCCUGCCGCGGCAGCGCUGGCGAUCGACAUCCGAGAGGCGUGUGGCGUCCCGCGCGACGCGGCGGCCAAGUCGCCGGGAUUAGGGAGGCCGAGAUCGCUGAAGAAGUUGUGGAGCUUCGGGAGGCCUGCAGGAUCGUCGAUUCCGUCCUGCUCCUGCGGCGGCGGUGGAGGAACGGCAGACGUCGAGUGGGCUGUCAGCAUCUGUACCGUCGGUACUCGCGCGGAACUGCCGCCGUAAGCGUCAUCCUGUGCAACCCCGAGUCCCCGAGACCUGCUGUGUAGCACCGGAAUUAGCGGGAGGUGUGUAGCCGGACUGUCGCCCGGAGAUCAAGUCCAUUAAUCCAGUGCCUAAUCAAGUCGAGGUAGGAUUCGGAGUGUGGUCGUAUGUAUACAGUGCAUGCAUGUCCGAACCUAGAUAGGAAAGCACUAGUCUAAUUAGAUUUGAUAAUUAGGAAGUUUAAGUAAUUGUACGUGUCCAUGUUGGACUCGGUUUUGGUUUCCUGAGUUCGAGUCAGUUAAUAGUAGGACGUGUGCGUGUAUAUAUACACAGGAGAAAAAUCCAUUUUAAAUUCUAAACUUGUAGAA